GGACUUCCUGUUUGGGCUUUUUCUGGGAACGUGUGUUUUUUUUUUUCCUCUCUUGACAUAAACAUGGAUGGGAGGCAGAUAAUAAACCCUCUUGUGUGCUUAAACAUCACGAGAUGUAGCCUCAGCCACAGGCAACACUGAAGGAAACCUGGAGUCUAUUUUUCCCCCGUUAUUUUCCACGUUAUUUUUCUUUCCCCUCCACUCAGUCGGAGGAGUUUCCUUUUGUCUCUAGCGGUGGGGUUUUUUUAAUCCGUGUGACCAUGGACAUGUACGGAUACAGCGGGGUCCUGUUGGUCAGGAGAUUCCUGGAUAAUUCUCCAUUUGAAGUCACGAACAUGUCGGACAUUAACAAGGCGAAUCCUCACGGCUGCGACAACGGAGCCCUGACGGACCGGUUCGGGGUCCUGAUCCAGGGUCUCCUGGCCAUCGUCGCCUUCAGCACCCUGAUGUUGAAGAGGUUCCGGGAGCCUGUAGGGAUCAGACGGCCGUGGAGGAUCUGGUUUUUCGACACGUCCAAACAGGCCAUCGGCGCCUUGUUCAUCCACUUCGCCAACGUCUUCCUGUCCACCCUGACCAAAGAAGACCCCUGCUCUCUGUAUCUGAUGAACUUCCUGCUGGACGCCACGCUGGGGAUGCUCGUUAUCUGGCUGGCAGUCAAAUUGGUAUCCAAGCUGGUGGAGUACAAGCAGUGGACGCUGCUCAUGUUUGGGGAGUACGGUGACCCUCCUCAGGCAGCAGCGUGGCUGGGCCAGUGUGGCGUCUACCUGCUCAUCAUGGUGCUGGAGAAAGGUGUGAUCAGCCUGGUGCUGCUCGUCCCCGGAUGGUCCAAGUUGCAGGAGGUGUUGCUAAGCUACAUCGCUAACCCUCAGCUGGAGCUGGCUCUGGUCAUGCUCAUAGUGCCCUUCAUCGUCAACUCCAUCAUGUUCUGGGUGGUGGACAGUUUGACGAUGAGGAAGUACAAGACAAUGAAGGGCCUGGACGACUCGUGCGACAGCUCGGUGCAGAAGGCCGACUCCCUGCCCUGGACGAACAGCGACGAGUCGCGGGCGCUGCUGACGGUUGAGACCGACACCGAGGAGGCUUCGGAGGGGGAAGAGGAGCCGGACGAGGCCGGACCAGUCCCUCAUGUUCAGUAUUCAGGCGGCCCACUGAGGCCAAGCUGGGUGGUGGUGUAAACCCAGGUGACUUUACCUCCGACUCAUCCAUCCACUAUCCACACACACACAAAUAAAACUAAAAUACCAUGCAUCCUUAUCUCCUCCAGACUAAAGGUCUAAAUAUCAGCUUCUUUGCAAGCAAGGGCGCAAAUUAAAGGUUUUUAUAACCUGUGAAUGUGAACCACUCUACAGCCUCAGCUGCCUUCGUCUACAUCCAAGGGUUUGAAUAUUUACGACUGGAGCUUUAAUCGGUGCACACAUGUGACACCAAAUUGGGAGUUCAUGCUCUCACUUUGCUGCAAGAGAACAUCAGAGGAGCCACAGCUGAGUGUAUGUGUGGAGGGAGAUCAUUAAGUAGGGUGUAAUCUGUAAUAAAUCUGUCCUUCCUUCACUCUGGGGACUUUUGGAAGUGAUGUUCCUCUGAAGAGAAUCAUUUAUCGUGUAUUCCAGAGAGAGUAAAGUAUACCGUAUAUUUAUAAAAGCUCUGUCAAAUAUAGGAAACCUUUUCAUAUCAAGGUAAUUAUAGUCAUUCCUACACGCUCUGGAUGAGCUGCAGCCUAUUUUUUAUAUAUAUAUCUAUGUAUAUAUAACCGUACACUCAUCGGGCGUCUAGACAAUUUUUUUUUACGACGGGCUGCUUCUGAUUAAUUAAAAAUAGGAAAAAAAACUUUCAUGUCAUGGUUGAAAAGAAACAAAUGAAACUGUUGGCACGUUCUGACAGAAAGUUGGGACCUGGAGCGCUCCCAGUUUUACGGGACCAUGACGUUCUUAUUUAUGAGGUUCAAAUUUUAUUUGCAAAUUAUGAAUUUUAAUGGGAGAAUUGGAACUUUUCCUUAAAUAUGACCUUAUUUUUGAUAUUUCUUCUCUCAAGAGAACCUGUAAUACAUGUUUAACUCUACGUUGGAUGGCACAAAAGCUGUGUAUUACAUAUUUUGCAAGGUACGGCACAUUUAUUUAUUCUGUUAAUACUUUCUUUAGUGCGUAUACAUAUGUGACUUUAUACUCUGUGGUCCAGUCUGUGGUAGAUGAUGUCAGGAUAGAAGGUUUAGUGAGAGAUUUGAGCGAUUAUUCUGCAAUUUAUCAUCCUUUUACUUGUUUACAUUUUUAAGGUUCUGUGAUAUCCCUGUACUUUUUAUUUUGUAUUUAUCUUGUGUAUUUUUUUUUUUAUUAUUAUUAUCAUUUUUAAUUAUAACUUAAUUACAACGGCACAAAACGUCCCAGGUGCUCCUUUACGCCGAAUGUAUCUCUGCGCUACAAAUAAAAAUGAUUGACACACGAA